AUGGCAACCCCAGGCCAUUCGACGGAUGUUCCAACACUGGUGGCCCUCAUCAAGACACUGACAAACCCGUCAUUAAAAGAUCUGUUGAGGUCCGAAAGCCUCCAGGUAUCAGGAGUGAAGAUAGCCCUGCAGCUCCGCAUUAUCCAACGGCUUGAAGAAGUUGCGACCUCAGACCGUCUAAGCUUCGAUGCAUUAGCGCGGCGCAUUCUGGAUGUUGCUCUUCCCAGGUCACGAUACUCACCACAUACUGGAAAUCAAUAUCAGGCGCCACCCAUUUCACAGUCUCCCGCGCAGGCUCGGUCGGCGACCCUCGGGGUUUCCAUGUCACCCCACCCGUACACUGCUGGUCCGGGCAAUUCUCUCUCAAAACCCCCUGCGGCCUCUAAUAGGCCUCCAGGUCGAUUGGAGUUUAAAGAAAGCCCCUUCUUUACGAUUAUUGAGGCCUUAACUCCUGUGGUGGAAUGCAAGAUUCGCGAACAAACCCGGGAUAGUGUGGAACUCAAGGUCAUGCUUUCUCACCGAACUGCUCAAAAGUUGCAGAUGGAUUCCAACGCCCGAGUCAUGGUAUAUUGUGCUGCAGAUUCAGGCCUUACCCAGUACACCAAGUCGGAUAUCGCAUUUCCACAUCAGGUGGAGCUCAAGGCGAAUCUCGAUGAAGUGAAAGCCAAUCUCAGAGGCUUGAAAAACAGACCAGGCACUACGCAACCUGCAGAUGUCACCAAUUACAUCCGGAAGAAGCCCGAUUACCCGAACAACAUUGUCAUGACUUAUGCAUUGACGCAAAAGAAAUUCUUCGCGCUUGCCAACCUCGUCAGACAACAUCCGAUUGAGGAUCUCGUCUCGCAGUUGAGGACACGGAAACUCAUUUCAAAGGAGCAGGUCAUACGUGAAAUGAAAAAUCGCGCACACGACUCUGAUAUCGUUGCCACAUCGAGUGUCAUGUCGCUGAAAUGCCCUCUAUCGACCCUUCGCAUCAAGGUUCCUUGUCGGUCUAUCGUCUGCACUCACAACCAGUGCUUCGAUGCAUCAUCUUUCUUAGAAUUACAAAAGCAAGCCCCAACUUGGACCUGCCCUGUGUGUUCCAAAUCAACUAGCUUCGAGUCUCUGCAAGUCGACCAGUACGUUGAUGAUAUCCUUCAAACAACUUCAUCGGAAAUCGAUCAAGUCACCGUUGAGCCUGACGGUACGUGGUCAGGUCCUAGUGACUCGGACAUAGUCAAGCUGGGCGGUAUGACGCCAGCAUCAAACGAUGACGACGAUGAUGACUUGAUUGAAAUCAGCGAACCGGGUAUUCCCUCUGUAAAACAGGAACCGGGACCCCCAAAUCUCGCUCUAGAAAGGACACCCGCGCAGUCAAGGGAGGCAUCAACCCCGUCCUCCGUUGCGCGUCUGUCGAACAAAAAGAGACCUGUCUCCCAAGUCAUUGAUCUCACAGAAAGUGGCGAUGAGGAUGAUGAGUUUCCUGUUCCAUCUCCUAAACGGCUCGCUCCAAACUUGCCAUCUCGGUCCUUUCCCCGACAAGAUUACCACCUACCGUCGGCCAGUAGCCCUCUGAAUGGCAGUUCCUAUCCUCCAUCAAUUUAG